AUGUCUGUUUGCAACAAGCAUGUUGAAUGCCCUUCGAAGGCAUACGCCAAUUCUAAAUCCACUGAACGCAAACUCUUGAAUCUUGAACAAAUACUGGGCUUGAAAAAUGGGUGUAUCUCUAAUUUUCCCUUUAAACAACUUGAUGGUUCAUUGCCCGAACUGCCAAAGAAUGGAUCUCUUCAAUACCUGGACUUAUACUUAACCAACACUAAUUUUUCAGGGGUGUUGCCAAUCUCUAUUGGCAACCUCAAAAUGUUGUCCGCAGUUCAUAUUGGAUUUUGUAAUUUCACGGGAUCAAUCCCCAAGUCAGUGGCAAACCUUACACAGCUGGUUUCUCUGAGCAUGUAUAGAAACCAGUCAAACAACUUUGUAGGUUCAGUUCCCCCAUUCAGUAUGGCCAAGAAUCAGGAGGAAAUAGAUCUUUCUUCAAAUAGUCUAACAGGUAAUAUUAAUUCCACCCAAUGGGGUAACCUUUCUAAACUACUCCAUCUCGACUUGGAAAGAAAUAUGCUCGACGGGAACAUUCCAUCAUCUCUGUUUACUCUUCCCUUGCUCGAGUUGUUUCUUUCAGCCAAUCAAUUCUCUGGUCAUUUUCCUCAAGAUUUUAAUUUCUCUGCAAGCUCCAUCCAGAGUCUUUAUUUGCAAGGCAAAAAUCUAGAAGGACCAAUACCCUUGUCCCUCUUUGACAUGCGGUACCUUACUACACUCUAUCUUGGUUAUAACAAGUUCAGUGGCUCAUUUCCUCUUGAUCAUAUUCAACGAUUGAGAAAUUUGAGUCUGACAACAAUCCCUAAUUUCUUAAGAGAUCAGACCAUAUUUACUGUACUGGACCUUUCAGACAACCAGAUACGUGGUGAAAUACCCAACUGGAUUUGGCAACUCAGUUCUCUUAGUGAGCUAAAUCUUUCUUGCAACUACCUCGAAACUCUGGAAGGUCCUUUAGUUGAUGUCACUUCUCCCUAUAUUCUAACUGUCUUCACCUCGAUUGACUUCUCAUGGAACAAGUUUAAGGGAUCAAUACCGAAGGAAAUUAAAGAACUCAAAUCACUGGUUGUCCUCAACUUCUCAAAUAAUGCUUUCACAGGCGCAAUUCCAUCAUCGUUAAGCAACUUGAGUCAGCUAGAGUCCUUGGACCUGUCAAAGAACAACCUGAGCAGGCAAAUUCCACAACUUACACAGCUCACCUUCCUUUCAUUCUUGAAUCUCUCAUACAAUUUACUGGUAGGCAGAAUUCCAAGCGGUAACCAGUUCUCAACAUUUCUAAAAGCUUCCUUUGAAGGAAACAAAGAUUUGACAGGGCCUCCCUUGACCGAAGAUAACAGAACGGUGUUGUCACCUCCAACAACGGAAAGAAGCAAUCGAGAUUCUAGAGAUGAGAUUGGUUGGAAUAUUAUCAGUGUCGAGAUUGGAUUUACAUGUGGGUUCGGCAUUGCUAUUGGAUCACUCUUGUUUUCCACAAGAUGGAGGAAAUGGUAUUCCAGUGCUAUCCUUGUAAAGAUAUUUCCUCAGCUGGAACAAAGAUUUGGUUAUCACAGAAGACAUGUGUACAUAGGUGAAAGGUACUGGAGACGUUGA